AGAUUUUAAUACUUAUGUUCUUUUUUCAGGAUGAAGAUGGCUUUGAUGGUUUUCUGUCAUGUCAAGCAGGAACGAGUGAGGUCAAAACAGCAAGCACAACAAUGCUUGAAUUGCCUGUGCGCAAGGCAGGGAAGAGGUCGGCACAGAAAGUGGAGGAGGCUUGUGCAAUCUUUGAAAAAGAGGGUUUAGUGACUCGAGGGAGAACAAGUGUUGUACAAAUGACAGUGAAAGAAUUAAGUGUAUCUUCAGAAAAAAAGAAAGAUUUACAUAUAAGUGGAGUGGAAAGAACAGAAAAAGUCUUAGGAUAUGUGGAACCUGCGAGUGAUAAUAAAGCAGUAGUUGCAGCCCCACCAUCAUCCUCAUCCUUAGAAAGUGAUCAGUUUUUAGAGGAAAAAAACACUGUAGUGGUUUCAGCCACAAGCCAUGUGACACGUAAACAAACCAAUCAUAGAAUAAGUAGACCGCCAACAGUAAAAACUGCUUUAGCAAAGAAGUUGUUAGCAAAGGCAAAAAAGAAAAUGCCGUCUCUUCCAGUGGUUGGAGAGAAAAGUCCAAAACGGUUUAUAUUGCCGACUAUGAGUGUGAGAUCAUCAAGAAUUAUAAAACCCAAUAAAAGAUUGUUUGCAGACAUUACAGAAAUGUGUUCUACGAGUAGCUCAUUAAUGGCUGAUACGAGUACUGAAACAGGAGAGGAUAGUGUAAGUGUUCCAAGCAAGAGACUUGUUAAGCUGACUCGCAAAGGUCGUGGUUCUCACACACAGUUCCUGUCUCUACCUCGCUCACGUGCACAGAGCAAGAACUCUUUAUCUGGGACAGAAGGUGUGGGGCGUGAUCGUAUGCGUCGAACUAUAUCUCUUUAUACAGCUUCCAUAACGGGUGUUUCUAAAGGUCAGGUUGGGAGACCCCCUAAGCGCUUGUUGCGGCGCUAUGAGGCUCCCAUGCAAGAAGUUGAAGCAGAAGCUCCUGACUCUCCUCAGAGAUGCGAUCCUAAAGAGUCGAGAGUUAAAGAAAAAAUAGAAAAAUUGCUUCGUUCCCCGUGGGAUGAUAGACUGAAGCAAUCUGGAAAGGGAGGGAAGAUUGAAAGUGAUGAAUUGCUGGCUGCUCCUGCUAGCAGUACCUCUCCAGCACUCUCUGCAUCUGUUCUUUCACGCAACAUACUUAGGAAAGCACGUCUCAACCUGAACAAAACAACCCUCCAGAAAAUCCGCAACCCAGCAUCCCUCCAGAGGCUCAUUCCAAUGUGUGAUGAAGGAAGUGUAGAGGGAAAGUGUGCCAUCUGCGACUUAGCUGAUGGAAACUCGCGAAAGUUUGGUAUUGUGUUUUGUGAGAUCUGCAGCAACUUCCUUCACAAUGCCAGUGAUGGUCCAAGAGAGGUUUUUGAAUGUCAAGGCAGUAAAGGUGAAUGUCAAUUUCAGGGCUAUGUGGAAGAAGAUCGCUGCCUAGCUUGCUGGCUGUCUAGAAUACUUGUCUCAUGUUCCAUGCCUAGCCUUCUUCAUGAUCGUCUUCGCAAACGAUUACCAACAAUUUUGAAAGAGCACAUACCAACAAGCUUAGCCCGGUGUAUGAAUGUUGGUGGUCUACCAAUCAUAUUAGAAAAAGAUGCAGACUUAGCAAGUCACACAAAGAGAUUGCCUUUAGAUCCAGGAGGGGGUGGGGCAUUUGGAUCAGUGAUGGACUUACCAGGUGGAUGGCGGCGUAAAACAGGACCAGAAGUUGUUGUUAUCAGCCCCAGUGGGGAAAAAUUCAAAAGUGUACAAAAAUUGGAAGAAUUUCUAAAAAAACAAGGUAUUAGCACAGAUGCACGUGUUCUUUUUGGUAAUAACAGUCCUGCAGUUUGUCGAAGCUCUGAAGUAAAGUCUCGACCAUCAGUCCAAAGUAACAUCAGCGAACGAGGGAAAGUAGUAAUGACAACCCUGCCGGGUGGGUGGAUACGAAGAAUUAAAUGGCGAUCAGCUGGUGAUCGUUUUGAUACUUACGUAUACAGCCCUGAUGGCAGAACUUUCCGGUCCAGACGGGAGCUAAGUGCAUAUUUUCAGCUCAUUGGUAAAGUUGAUGAUAUCCAUAAGUAUUUCCCUGUAGUAACUGGUCACUCUGAUGCUUCAGUACCCAGUUCCAGUGACACCCCAGGAUCAUCUAGCACUGAACCUGUGUCAAGCUCAGAGUCAUGCUCAGAAAUUAGUUCAGAUGAUAAAUCUCCAGAAGCAUCAGAGUGUGAGGUAGAGUCAUCAAAAUCUAAAAAUAAAAAAUCUGGUUCUACUCAUGAAAAGGUGGCUAGACUUUCGUAUAUUAAAGAUCUGAAGAGUAAAAAUUAUAAUGAACAAGGGAGAUGUAGAAGCAAGUCAGGGAGUAAAUUGAAGACCACAGACAACAGUGGAGAAGAUCUUGCAGGUAAGGUAAGCUCAGUUGAUAUUAAAAAUGAAGGAAAAAAUAUGGAGCGCAAGUAUAAAAAAGCAAAAGUGAUAAUGAGAAGCAGAUCUAUGUCAAUUGGUAGAAAUCAAAAUAAAUGUGAUACAAGCUUCACAGAUACAACAGAAAGUGAAUCAGAACAAAAAAAAUCUGGAACUGUCAUGGUGUUUCCAAAAGCUUUCUCAAGAAGUAGGUCAAAGAAUACUUCUAAAUCUAUAGAAAGCCCAUCUUUAAGUGAAAAAUCAACACAUUUAUCAGAUACCCAUGUUGAAAUUACACAAGAAAUUAAUGAUACAGAUGUUGUCGAGGAAAUACAGGAUUUUGCAAAUGUAUCCCCAAACAGAAAACGCAGAAAGACUGAAGAGGGCCCUGUGCCUGUUGCAUCAAGUGUUGAAGUCAGUGAGAGGAAACCCGAUCCUAAAAUAGUCUUGAAAAUACCCAAGAAAGUAAUCAAACCUCUAGGAAGAAAGCAUAGAUUGAGGAACAAAAUAGUUGACAGUGACCCACCUGAUGUGGGCCUAGAUGAUAAACAAAGUACAGAGCAACAAGUUUUACAAGAUAACACAAAGGUUGUUCAAGAUAAAAAUAUAGACAUGCUAGCACAAGUGCCUAGCACAAAUAAAUCAUUAGAUGAAGCUCAGGGUAAACUUUUUAAUAAUGACCAAAAUGCAGAUCCAAUUGGAGUGGAGUCUGAACCAUUAGUGGAAGGUGUUAAGUCCAGUGAUUCCAAGGUAUCACUACCUAAUGUAUCUGAGGGAGAAGUUGUGCCUGAUUCUUUAUUAGUACCUGAAUUCAAAUCUAAAUCCAAACCCAAAAGACUUUCAGUUUAUCAGACCUGUCAUUUUGGAAAUGGUUGGUCUAGGAAAAUAAGAUGGAAUGAAAAAGGAGAAGGAAAAGUGGCUCUCUUGCAUAGUCCUGAUAGCCAGACUUUUAGAUCUCGAAUAGAACUGCUGGCUUACUUCAAAAAGGCAGGUCGAUCAAAAGUCGACCUAGAUUUUUAUUUUCCACCAGUUCUUAAAAGAGAACAGACAAGUUUAUCCUCAGAAACUAAGGUUGAGAAGGACCCUAUUACUGAAAUUUCAGCAGUAGCAGAGAUCACAUCAACUUCAGCUCAGUCAUCUGAGGUCAGUGAAUUUUCAGACACUGAAACACUUGCUAAAACAUCUGAAGAUUCUUGUGCUUCUGGUGAGGAGUCAAAGAAGCCAAGAAUAACCAAGGCAAUAAAAUGUUUUCGGAAAAGUGGCAUGCAGCCUGGGUUUAAGAACUUUCCUGAAACUGUCACUGAGGAAAUUACUUUUUCAAACCUAACAGCAAAAGUGUGUGACUCAAUUCAACCCCUUUUGGAAGAGCCUGGGAAACAUAUAGCUCAGUUAGGCAAAAGUGGUAGGAAAGUUAUUAUUGUUUCUACUCAGGAAGGAAAAUCAUCUGUGAAAUCUGAAACAGAGGAAGGUGAAGGACCCAUCAGUGAAGUUGGUGGACCCCGAGUCAAACAUGUGUGCCGUAGUCAAGCUCAGGUUUUAGGAAUUCCUCGUGCUGUAUUUCCAUCACCAAGGAAAGAUGAGGACCGGCUAAUAAGCUCGGCAAGCGUUCCUAUUAGAAAAGGAAACCAGAAACGGAAAAUUGUCACGGUGACCACAACAGCUAGUGGCAAGGUGCUACGGAAGACCCAGUGGUGCAACAAAUGUCCAGGGUGUACCACUCCAAACUGCCUCAAGUGCUCCAACUGUUUGGAUAUGAAGAAAUAUGGGGGCCCUGGAACUAAGAAAAAACCAUGCAUCAUGAGAAAGUGCCACAACCCAAGACUCUCAAUGAAAUCAGCCAUUAGUCAAGAGAGUACUUCUAAGGUACCACUGCAGGUUACUUCUACAACAGUAUCAUCUCCGACCAUAGUCAAAGAGACACGAAAAGCUCCUGUCAUUAAUAUAAAAGUACCAGAGGAAAAAACUGAAUUACCUGAAGUUUCAAGUGAGAGUGUAUGUAAAUCAUCACAACAAGAGAAGGGGGUAUUUGUUCCAAGACAAGUGACUCGUACUCUGCCAGACCAGAAGGAUCGAGGGGACAUUGCAGCUGGUAAACAGUUUGUUCCUGGAGCACUAGUUAACAUUGACUAUUGGCAGGGUUAUGAUGCAGACGAGAUGAUGCUCACAGGCUAUCCUGUCACCACUGCAUCAUCCCUACACCCUCAAGUUCUUUGCUUCCGUUGUGGCUCCGUUGGAAAAGAGCAGCUGAUCUAUUGUGCGUGGUGUUGUGAGGGCAUCCAUCCUUACUGCCUGGAGGAUGGUGAGGGCCCAGAGUCUGAGGCAGAGGAAAUAUUUUGGAUAUGCCGAAGGUGUGCCGUGUGUCAAGUUUGUGGUGCCCCAGGAGCAGAUUCUCUCCUGAGGUGUUCAGAUUGUCGCAAUUACUACCACUUGGAGUGCCUUGGACCAUCAGCACACAGCACCUGCCAACCCACUCCAGACCGUCCAUGGAAAUGUGUGAGAUGUACACGUUGCACCAGUUGUGGGAGUCCCAAUGUGGCUCAGUGGCAGAAAGUUUCAGACAGAAGAAAAUCCUUGGAGGUAACAACAGUGGAGACCUCACACACUGUGGAUUUGGUUUUGUGCGCACGAUGUGUUACUCUCAGGGAACGAGGCAACUUCUGUCCUUUAUGUAAUGGCUGCUAUGAGGAUGAUGAUUAUGAUGCAAAGAUGAUGGAAUGUGGUCGAUGUGGAGAGUGGAUUCAUGCUAACUGUGAAGGGCUCAACAAUGAACGCUACCAGAUUCUUAGCUUCUUACCUGACACAGUGGAGUAUGUUUGUCGGAACUGUGUUAUGGAUGCAUCAUCCACUUGGUUGGAUGCCGUUGGGAGAGAAUUGUUGGCUGGAUGUGAGGCAGUCCUUCAAGCUCUACUUAAUAGCAGGUGUGCAAAGCAUCUUGUGAGGAGAGAAGUUUCUAUUAAAUUGUCUUCCACAGGAGGUCUGACCCCUGUACCUUCUUUGCCUGCAAUUGGGACUCCUUCACUGGAAAGAAAUGAGGAGGGUUUAUUGGAAAAUCUGGUGGAUGGUGAGAGUCUGGUUCUUGUUGCUCACCCGAUGGAGCCUAAUAGUACAGCAGCUUCUCUAGGUUAUCUGACUGGGGAACUCCUUCACUCAGGAAAAAGUGAUACUCUACGGAGUGAGAAGGGUAUCAGCCCUCUGCCAUCAAAAGCAGAGGGUAUCAUGGAGUUCAGUUGUGUUGAUCAAGUUAAGAGUUCAGUGGUCAAUAUUGAUGUUGAUUUUUGUCAAGUGUCAUGUCAUUCUACCAUGAGUGCAUCAGAAAAAGGCAAAAAUGUUAACUCAUCUUUGUGUUCUGUGAAUGUAGAUGUUAAAGAGAGCCCUCAGGAUAAAGCAGUUGCAUUAACAAAUGAACCUGCUAAGCAGAUGUGUACAAAUUACAGUAAUAUUGACAAUGUGGCAGCUAAUAUUAAUGCAGGUAAAAGUGGUUGUAUAAUUGGUGCAAAGCACAAAACUGAUCUCAAAGGAAAAUCAAGUAAAGAAAAGUGCGAGGAAGAGGUUCCGGCAUUUCCUCGAAGACAAACACGCUCUUCUCUGGCAGGUGCAGCACUUUCCUCCACUGCAGCCUCAAGUAGUGCUUCCACUGACCCCAUAAAGCUAAAGGAAUGCUCUGUGCGUUUAGAGGAUAUUUGCAAGUCAAAAUCUCCUUCGUCGUCUCCAAUCAAAACUCAAGGUGAACAAGAUAAUAUACUAAAAUUAGAAGUUGAACCAUGGAAAGAAUCUGAAUCAGUAAAAUCUCAGGAAGUAGAAGCCAGUACAAAGUCCACAUAUUGCAAAGCUCUAGUCUGUUUGGAAUCUCUGGAAGCAAAAGAUUUGGAGGGGGUAACAAGAGAAGCCUUGCAAGGUAUAAAGGCUUUAAAAGACACUGAUGUCUCAUGCACUCAAGUGGACGGCCCAAAUGAUGAAACCACGGCAACAUCUCGAGUGAUAAGAAACCUUUUUUUUGAAGAACGGAAUCAAAUAGUGUUGGAUUCCACCAAUUUGCUCGAAAGUAAGAAGGAAAAUAAUUUAGAGAAGGCCCUUGCUCAAGUAGAGGCUCAGUUGAUCAGUCCUAAGGAUAAGAUAACAAAAGAUAUUGAUGAUGAUUGUGUUAGUAGUGAAGAAAGUUCUUUUUGUGAUACUGACACAGAGAUUGAAAGUAUCCAGGAUGACCCAGAAGAACCAAGGGAUUUACUUUCCAUAAAGGAAAAACUGAAAGAACGGAAAUAUGAAUCUGUUCUGCAGUUUCACGUUGAUAUGGCGAGGGUGAUAGAAAAUGGUAGACAUCUGAAUCGCAGCCAAACUCGCAAUGUUCAAGCAACUUAUGCAAAGCAUAUGAAAGAGUGUUUUCCCUGGUUUGAUGUGAAAACACCAAAUGUUUUUGAAUUGGUAGAUAAACAAAGACCUUUCCCAAUACCACAUUUGGAUCAUACGUAUAUAUUUCGUACCAUGAUGGCAGGCAAUCGUCACUUCACAAUGCGUGAUGCUCCCAUAUUCAGGAAGCGAUCUACAAGCCCUCUAAAAGGCACUCUUCUAUCUCAACCUGAUCGCCGUAAAUGUGUUUUAUGUGGGAGAGAAAGUGACGAUGAGCCUAAUGCUGCGGGAAGACUACUUUACCUUGGUCAGGAUGAAUGGCUUCAUGUAAAUUGUGGACUCUGGUCAUCAGAAGUGUAUGAGGAGGUGGAUGGAGGUUUGCAAAAUGUGUAUCUUGCUGUGAGUCGUGGUCGUUUGAUAAAAUGCUCUGCUUGUCUAGAGCGAGGAGCAACAGUGGGCUGCUGCCACAAAACCUGUCAGGCAACAUAUCAUUUUCUGUGUGCAAGGCGAAGCUGUUGUCAGUUUAUGGAAGAUAAACGGAUCUUCUGUCCUCAGCAUGAGAGUACUUUGAAUGGGGAAGAGAAGUCUGAUGAUUUUAAAGUCAGUAGAUGUGUUUAUGUAGAUAUGGAUUCUGAAAAGAAGAAAUGGAAACAAGUUCCUGGUAAUCGUGUAAGCAUUGCUAUAGGUUCUCUUAAUAUAAAGAACCUUGGCCGUAUUGUUCCAGAGUCUGAUAGUGCUGAGGCCCUAAUUCCUAUGGAUUUUACUUGUAGUCGUGUGUACUGGAGUACUGUAGACCCUACAAGGAGAGUUUCCUACACAUGUCGAACUAGGAGAGUAGUACCAACACUCGAUGAUGCAUCACUUAUGGCAGAUGCAGCUUUUCAUAAAACAAUUGAUCAUUCACUAGGAGAGGAAACUGUUUAUAAGGAAAUGGCAGCUGUCAAAAAGUGGUUUAAGCAACUCGAGGAGCGAAAAGUGGAAAAGAAGUCUCGGGAAACCAAUAUCAUUCCUCCACACCUUUGUCCUUUGUAUCGCAGCAUCCGAGAAAGGGAAGAAGAAAAGAGAGCUAUGGAUAAGGUAGUUCACUGCCCAACUCCACCAGCCAUUGUAGAACUGGAUGUUCAACAGUGCAUUGAUGAUAUAAUUGAUAAAGUUAGUCGAUCUGUAGAGGAAGAAAGCUUACUUUUGGACACUGAUUUACCAGCCAUUGUUAGUGCUGAUGACAAUGAAUUGAUAUCCAUGGUGCUGAAUGACCUUGAUGCAUGUGACCCUAUCACUCUACAGUCUACCCCUUCAACCUCAGGCAGACCAAGUCCACUAGAUAUUGACUUCCUGAGCACCUGUGAUCAUAUGAUGGACUCAGGGAAAGUGAAUCACUCAGGAAACAUGAUUCAGGAAGCUCAGGAAACAGAAUGUGACCCACAAGUGAUAUUAGACGCUACCCUCUCACCUGGUUGCAACCCUGCCCAUGACACAUACCAAGUGGAAUCCCCGAAUGCUGAUAUUAAAGAACCCAUAAUUGAGACUGUAUCACCUCCAACUACUCAAGAUCUUGGUUCUGUGCCUUCAAGUUCAAUGUCAUUGUCUAAUGCCAGUAAUAGUAAUACUCAGAGUUCAGGUGUAAAUGACAGCAACAGUAAUGUCAUAAAUUCAGGUAAUAGCUGCAACACUUGUAACAGUGAGAGCAAGAGUGAUAGCACAAGCGGCAGCAGUAGUAGUAGCAGUAGCAGUGAGAGUUCCAGUAGCAGUAAUAUGGCUAGAGAAAGUAGUAGUCCAGAAAGAUGCUCUGAAGGUACAGCAAGUAACACCAGUAGUCCAGACACUAGUUCCAGAACAAGCUCUGACAUUAAUGUUAGUAAUGAUACCAAUAAUGGCAGUACAGAUAGUAACAGUGGCAGUGAAACAUCUCAGGGUGCUGGAUGUGGUGCUAAAACCCCAUGCACCUCUUCAGGAAAAACUUCCUCUUUGAAACAAAUUUGCCGUGUUUUGCCCAUGCUCUCUACAAACAGCAGACGUUCCUCGUCAGCUAGUGAACACAGUGAUUCAGUUCCACAGACAGGAUUAAAUCAGUCUCCUCUAACAUCCCAACAAACUCCAAGAAAUUCAGAUGAGAAUGAAGGAAGCAAUGCCACUGGACGAGGAAAUGUUCGUAAGAAAAUUUGCAUGAAGAGAAACUAUAAAACUGUUAUAAAAAAAUAUCCUCUCAGGAGUGGCAUGAGAAAAAGCAAGCCAUAUGAAACUGUACAAAUUGAGAUAAAUGAGACAAUAGAGAUACCUGGAGGUGAGGGAUCUGGUGUGGUUCAUAAAAGCUUAAAAAGAAAAUGGAGUGGAAUUCUAGAUUCAGAAGAGGAAGAACAUUGUCAGAAGGACUCCAAUGGUGAUCAAGCUGGGAAAGAUAAUACAAGUCGGGGAAGUGAUGGAGAGAAUUCAAAAGAAAAUUCUGUGUCCAAGAAAGUUUUAAAAUUUACAGAUGACAACAAUGACAUUACAGUUAGUAUUGUCAACAACAACAAUAAUCUCUGUGAAUUUUCCAAAUCACGGGGCCACAGGUACCGUCACAAGACAGUCUUGCAGUUAGAUGGUGCAGCUGAUGGCUCUUCGUCUAGUGCUGAAAUGAGUGAGAGCCAAGAUGAGGGAGUAGAAGAAAGGUACAAGUCUCAGAAUCAAGAGGACCCUCAGACACCACCCCUUCACUCAGCACUGGCCAUGCGUAUCAAGGAACAGAGUCUGGCCAGAAGUUCACCAGGAGAGGAAGGUCCAUACAAGUGUGCCAAAUGCAAGAGACUCUAUAGAUGCUCUUGCAGCUCAUCGGUGGUUGGUUCUUCAUCUUCGUCGUCCACCAACUCUUCCACAUCCUCCCAACGAACCUCCAAGGACUUCCACCAAUGCCACAAUAGAUUCCACAACUGGCAUAGGCUCCUGAGGGUUAGCCCCAAACCCUUCAAAAUCCCUCUCUUGUACACAUUGUGGCCACAAUUUCCUCCAAGCAGAGUUCAAGGUCCUCUUAGUCGCUCCCUCCCAAGCCUUACCUAUGAGGUUUAUGUAAUUGAGGAUACAAAAGUGAUCUUUCCAAAACUCUCUUAGGGUCAGUUGAGUGUCUGAGGCCACUUCAAAGCACUUUUGAAACAUUCCUUUGGUGUACAGUUUUUUGAGAUUUGAAAUGACCUGCUGGUCCAUGGGCUGGAGGAGAAGAGUGGUAUUAGGAGGCAAAAACUUCACUUUUAUGAAGCUCAACUCCCCCGAAAUUUGCUCUGGCAAGUCUGCAGGAUGACCAGGAGCAUUGUCUAAUACCAGGAGGCACAUAAAUUCCUAUUUAUUUUCCAGGAGAUAAUUUUUCACAGUGGGGCCAAACACAUAGUAAAACCAGUCAUAGAAAAAGUCCCUAGUGGCCCAUGACUUACUGUUUGCCCUCCACAUCACACAGAUUAACCUAGAUGACAUUGUUUUUCCUGAACACACUGGGAGUUUCAGAGUGAUACACAAGUAGAGGCUUCACUCUGCAAUCCCCACUAGCAUUACUACACAACAUUAAGGUUAGCCUGUCUUUCAUAGGCUUGUGUCCUGUGAGUGCUUUUUCCUCCUGUGUAAUGUAGGUCCUGUUUGGCAUUUUCUUCUAAAACAAGCCUAUUUUGUCACAAUUAAACACUUGUUGAGGUUUCAAUCCUUCAGCUUCUAUGUACCCCUUGAAUUCCUGCACAUAUUUUUCAUCUGCUUUUUUGUCCUAACUGGCAGCCUCACCAUGCCUUAUCACACUGUGUAUGCUGCUACGAUUCUUAAAUCUCUCAAACCAACCUUUGCUGGCCAUUAAAUUCACUCACAUCACCACUACUUGCAGGCAUUUUUUUAAUUAAAUCGUCAUACAGAUGCCUUGCCUUUUCACAUUUGAUCGCGUGAGAGAUGCUAUCUCCUGAUAUCUGUUUUUCGUUUAUCCACACCAAUAACAGUCUCUCAACAUCUUCGAGUACUUGUGAUCUGUGUUUCGAAAAGAUACUUGCACCUUUCGCAACAACAGCUUCCUUGAUUGCCUUCUUGUUGGCCAGGAUAGUAGCAAUGGUUGAUUGGGGUUUGUUGUACAACCUCGCCAGCUCAGAGGCACGCACUCCACUUUCAUACUUUUUAAUUAUCUCCUUCAUUUCUAUACUAAUUUUCACCCUUUUUACCACAGAGUUGGCACUAGAAGCUUUCUUUGGGCCCAUGGUGGCUUAUUUAGCAAUUACAAGCACUAAAAGCACUGGAAUAAUACAAAAUGUACCGAAUGUAUGCGUGGAACCGACCGCACUGGCUUGUAAACAUUGGCACACUAACUGAAGGCAGGCCAGCUGAGGCACGCUCAGGUCAGAUGGAUGUGUGGACGCGUAUGGGAUGACUGAUAUAAGUCGAGUUUUUCAUCGUAGGCCGUUGUAAAAUUUGUACACUGAAAAGCUUUGUAAGUCGAUUUUAUCGUAAGAUGAGGCCUUCAUAAGUCGAGGGCCCACUGUAAUUAUAAUAAUAGACGACUUCAGAAGGCUGUCACUAGAGGGCAGUGUUUACCACAACAU